AUGUCUCAACCUGUUGGCGUCUAUGCGCUGGCCAUCCCGCCUGGCGGCCAGCCUGUGCCCGCUGCUCCUCUUGGAGUUCCCGCCGGCUUCCGCGUAACGAUGGCGGCCAUUGAUCCUACUGAGCCAGCCCAUAGAGAAGACGUCGACGACACCACUGAGCCCUUCGCUACACUCAAGAUCAUUCGCUUCCUCGGCGACGAGUCGGACGAAGAUGACGACGAUGACGACUACGAGGACAUUGAUAGUGAGGAGGACUCCGACGACGAUAUGGAAGGUCUCAACGGUGGCCCCAGUGAUCCCAAGAAGGUUAAGCUAUCCAAGAAGCAAGCUCUUCUCGAGGCUCUUGCUGCUGAUGAGGACGAGGACGAGGACGAGGAUAUGGAUGACUCUGAAGACGACUCCGUAGACGAGGAGGAAGCGCAGAAAGUCUUGGCCAAGUUGCAACAGUCCCUGAAGGCUGACAAGGGUAAGGCUGUGGCUCUCGACGGCGAGGAAUCUGACGACGACGACGAUGACUCCGAUGAAGCUCUUGAGGUUGAUGAGCACGUGAUCUGCACUCUCAACUUGAAGAACAUCCCUCAGCAGACUCUCGACUUCACCGUCAGCGACAACGAGCAAGUUUUUUUCAAGGUUAUCGGUACCCACACCGUCAACCUCACCGGAAACUACGUCCUCCCUCCCAUCGACCCCACUGAGCAUGACCUAGAACCGGAUUCAGACGAGGAGCUUGAUGAGCUCGACGACCUAGAUGACCUUGUGGGUGAUUCCGACUAUGAAUCCGAUGAGUUGGAUGACCUAGAAGACCCUCGUAUCACUGAAGUUGAUGUCGACGAGGUGGAGGAUGCGAAGCCAGAGCCAGCCGAGAAGGGCAAGAACAAGCGCCCCGCCGAGGACUCUGAUGAUGAGCCCGCUCUGGAUGACAUGAUCUCAAAGUCUCUCAAGAAGGACUCCGCCCCCAAUGCCGCCGAGCCUACCACCAACGGCGAGACCAAGAAGCUGAGUAAAGCUGAAAAGAAGCGCCUCAAGAAGCUCAAGAACAACGAGGGCGCUGCCGCCGACGCUCCAGCUGCUGCUACCGAAAGCAAGCCCACCGCCAAUACCACCGAAGUCAAUGGCUCCAAAGACAAGAAAGUCCAGUUCGCCAAGAACCUCGAGCAGGGCCCUACCCCAUCCCCCUCCACUUCUUCCGCAACUGCUAAGCCCACAUCAUCAUCCCCCGCCGCCGCCGCCUCCACUACCUCAGUCCGCACUGUUCAGGGCAUCACCAUCGACGACCGCAAAGUCGGCACCGGCCCCGCCGCUAAGAAGGGCAGCAACCUCAGCAUGCGCUACAUCGGCAAGCUCGAGAGCGGCAAGGUCUUUGACUCCAACAAGUCCGGCAAGCCCUUCAGCUUUAAGCUCGGCUCCGGCGAGGUGAUCAAGGGCUGGGACAUCGGCCUAGAGGGCCUGCAGAACGGCGGCGAGCGCAGAAUCACCAUCCCCGCGAACCUGGCCUAUGGCAAGAAGGGUGCACCGCCUGACAUCCCACCCAACGCCACGCUCAAGUUCGAUGUCAAGUGCGUCGGCGUCAAAUGA